CAAUAAUAGUAUGGAUGAGACGAGAAACAUAUAUGAAGGGCAGAGACAUCUUCUGUUUUCUUUGGUCUCACCCUCGCACUUGCAGUGGCGUCUAAGAAACAGGCACCAUGUCACUUCUUAACCAGCUUUUCAACAGAGGCGUUUUUGGAACUCGAUGCAAAACAUGCCUCAACCUCGCAAUUUCACGCAUUAAGCUGCUACAGAACAAAAGAGAUGUGCAACUGAAACAAAUGUGCAAGGAGAUAAGCCAAUUCUUGCAGGCUGGCCAAGAGGCAAUUGCUAGAAUCCGGGUGGAGCAUAUUAUACGAGAACAAAAUAUAUGGGCUGCAUAUGAAAUAUUGGAGUUGUUCUGUGAAUUUGUUCUUGCGCGUGUACCUAUAAUUGAGAACCAGAGGGAGUGCCCCUCGGAAUUGCGAGAAGCCAUUGCAAGUAUAAUUUUUGCUGCCCCUAGAUGUUCAGAUGUACCAGACUUGUUGCACAUCAAGAACUUGUUUACCACUAAAUAUGGGAAAGAAUUUGUCUCUGCAGUAUCGGAACUUCGUCCUGAUUCAGGCGUAAACCGCACGAUCAUUGAAAAGCUUUCAGUAACUGCUCCAUCUGGAGAGGUAAAACUCAAGGUCUUGAGGGAGAUUGCUGAAGAAUACAAUAUAGCGUGGGAUUCUUCUAAAACUGAGGCUGAAUUUAGGAAAAAUCAUGAAGAUCUUCUGGGAGGAGCGAAGCAAGUUAGUGCUGGAGCUACGCUUUCUCAUACAGCCAGCAGAAAUGGUUCUAAUAAUUCAACAUCUCGUACUACGGAACCUUCUAACAAGUCUGUGCCUGAUAGACAAGAAUAUAAACAACUUGAAGCUCCCAGCCUUUCUAACAAUAAUUUUUCAUUGAAUAUUAAUGAAAUUGAACAGUCACACAAAAAUAAUGAUGUUCCCGCUGGAGAUGCUAAAAGUGAGACAAGAUUUCAAUCUUCUGAUGUACUGGAGAAGGCGCGUGCUGCCAUUGCUUCUGCAGAUCGUGCAUCAGCAGCUGCUCGUGCUGCUACUGCGUUAGUCCAGAGUAGUUUUGGAUCAUUGAAGCUGGAAGGUAAAUAAAUCUUCAGUGAUCGUAAUAGCGGAAAAGAAACGUUAUGAACUAAAUGCAAAAGGAGAAAGUUAUGUUCUUUAUAUUACGGAGGUGACAGCUUCAUACGGUAGUUUCAAGUAAUAAGAAUUGUGCGGUAUGCAUUGUAUAUUCUUAAUUUCGUAUAUGUGUAUCAUUGUAACUUAACGAAAUACUGAAGGGUGUAAACUUCUCUAAAUCUGUCAUUAUUCUUGCUACAGUGAAUAAUUUAUGUCCAUUUUCAAAAUUGUUAUAAAUAUCAUCUCAGGCAUUUUUUUGUUGCA